UCACAGCAGCAUGGAGCCGGGGCAGAGAGCCGCCCGGAAGGGCCGGAAGCUGGGCUCCAGCCGGCGGCGGCUGACGCGGGAGCCCGCGGCCGGCCAGGAUGCCCCUGCGGCUCCAGAGCCCUGGCCCCCGGAGGCGGCCGAGGAGCUGCAGGGCUUCUUCCAGGCCUGCGGGGCCGCCGAGAGGGGCUUUGUCACCCGCGCGGACCUGGCGGCGGCCAAGCUCAGCUUCCUGAGCAGCGAGGAGGAGCCAGAGAUGAUCUUUGACUGGGUGGACCUGGAGCGGAAGGGACGUCUCUCCCUGGAAGAGUUCAGCUCCGGGCUCAAGAGCAUCUUCGGCUCCAGCCCGAGCACGCAGAGGGUCCGCGGGAGGAGGCCGCUGUGGUCCAAGCGGGGAUCUGCGGCCACCAGCUUCCCGGUGCUGGAGGAGGCGGAUGCGGAGGAGAAGGAGGCGUUCCUUGCCUUCAUGGAGCAGCUGGGGGGCAGCCACUCCCUUCCUGAGCAGGAGAUCUGGCAGCUGUGGGGGAAGUUGAGGCAGGAGGAGCCCCAGCUGGCGGGCAACCUGGAGGGCUUCCUGGCGCAGAUGACCAGCCGCCUGCAGGAGGCCCGGGCUGACAAGGAGUCUCUGGAGCUGACCCUGAGGAAGCGGGACUCUGACCACCAGCGCGAGGUCCAGCGGCUGUACGAGGAGAUGGAGCAGCAGAUCGGCCGGCAGAAGCAGCAGCUGCAGGCCAAGAGUGAGUCCCGGGACCUGGCCCUCAGCUCCCAGAUGCAGGAGGUCCUGGAGGCCAAGGAGCAGGAGGCACAGCGGCUGGUGGAGGGCCAGAGGGAGCUGGAGGCCGAGCUCAGGCGCCUGAGCGGCGCCCAGCGGGAGGCGGGCUCCGAGAAGCAGCAGCUGCGGGAGGCCCAGCGGGCCCUGGCCGCGCGGCUGGAGCAGGUGCAGGGGCAGCUGCAGGCGACCCGGGGCCACCUGAGCUUCGCCAGGAGCCGAGUGUCCUGGCAGGUGGAGGCGGAGCCGAGCGCGCCCAGAGCAGGUGAGGAGGUGGCUCCGGACCCUCAGGCAGCCUCCGCCGAGGAGGCGCCCCUGCCGGGACUGUUCGGGGACAAUGAUGACUGGGACCAGCUCCUGAGCGGCUUCAACAGCCCCUGGCACAGGACCCCGCAGCUCCUGUGGAGCCCGCCCGCCACCCCGACCUCCCCCUCCGCCCCCCAGCCCCCACGGGUGGUCAGGCAGAUCUCCAUCUCAGAGCAGCACCGCCUGCUGUCUGGCCGGGAGCCGUCUCCAGACCCCGAUGCGGCCCCCAGGAGCCCCCCGGGGCCGGCUGCCGGGCCCGAGGAGGGGAGCGGAGAGGACGCAGGUGGGCAGGGCGGCAGGGCAGGGCGGCCCGCGGAGCCGCGCAGCGAGCUCCCUCCGGAAGAGCCGGGGCCCGGCCCCGAGAGCCGCUUCUUUGGGGAGCCACUUCUCCCCGAGGCUCCGGCGGGGGCGUCAGGGCGCCUGGUGGCAGCGGCACUCAAAGUGCUUGUUCCUCAGGGGGACGGCCCUCCUCCCCAGGGGACGUCUCCCCCCGCCCAGGCCCCGGCUCGGCCCAGCACACUCUCCCAGACGUCAGACCCAGAGGACAGGGACUCCUGGACUGGGCCUGUCCCAGCCAAGCUGCCCAGGCAGAGGGAGGCCCUGCUCCAGGGCCCUCAGACUGUGGGCUCCACCCCAGGACUGGAGCCCAGAGGGGCCAGAGUCCUCCCGGCUGGUGUGGCUGAGCCCUCAGAGGGUCUGGAGGGUGUGGCUGAGCCCUCAGAGGGUCUGGAGGGUGAGCUGGGCCCGGAAGUGCUGGAGGGCCGUCCUGCGGGGCUGAGGGAAGCUCCUGGCCAGGCCCAGCCUGGCGGGCCGCCUGCCCCCCCACAGCAGAGUCUGGAGGAGGAGCCCGGGAAGGAGAGGAAACAGGGGGGCCGACGCAGGCGAGGCCUCAGUUCAGAGCUGCCGGCUCAGGCUGGGGGCCUGAGGACGGGGCGCUCAGAACUCCCCCAGCCACGCUCCCUGCCCGCCCCUCUCCCAGCUGACACAGCGCAGGCUCCGGCUGCGGCCGAAGGCCCUGCUCCUGGAAGACCAUCCCCUCCAAGGGACUCUCCCCCUCUGGGGGCUCAGCCCAAGGGUGGGGCAGGGCCCCAGCCGCCCGAGAACACCCUGCCCAGCACCCUGCCCAGCACGGAAACUGCACUUCAAGCCCAACCCGGGCCGCCACCCACAGCCGAGGGGGAACAAGGCCCCCCACAGCCCCGGGCGCCUCGGGCAGAGGACCGGCCUGAAGACCCAGGAGCAGGCUCCGGGGGCGCUGGGCUGACCCUCGCCCCCGGGGUCCGCACGGGCAGCGAGUCUCCAGCCGACCCCGAUCACAUCUUCCACGUCAUCUUCCUGGGAGACUCCAACGUGGGCAAAACCUCCUUCUUGCACCUGCUGCACCAGAACACCUUCGCCUCGGGGCUGACAGCCACAGUGGGAGUGGAUUUUCGGGUCAAAAACCUGCUGGUGGACAACAAGUACUACGCGCUGCAGCUCUGGGACACGGCUGGCCAGGAGAGGUACCACAGCAUGACGCGGCACCUGCUCCGGAAGGCCGACGGCGUGGUGCUCAUGUAUGACGUCACGUCCCAGGAGAGCUUCGCCCACGUGCACUACUGGCUGGACUGUCUCCGGGACUCGGGGCCUGACGGAGUGGCCAUCCUUCUCUUGGGAAACAAGAUGGACUGUGAGGAGGAGCGGCAGGUGUCCACCGAGGCGGGGCGGCAACUGGCCCAGGAGCUGGGGCUGUCCUUCGGGGAGUGCAGCGCGGCCCUGGGCCACAACAUCCUGGAGCCCAUGGUGAGCCUGGCCAGGUCACUCAAGAGGCAGGAGGACCUGCUGAAGGGCGCCCUGGUGGAGGUGGCCCCCGAGAGGCCGCCGAAGAAAGCUGGCUGCUGCUCCUGACCGCCGGCCUGGCUCGGGGACGGCCUCCUGGCUCGCCCGCCUGGACAGCAGCGCCGGAGGCCCCGCUCGGCAGACCCGGAGAAUCCUCCCGGUCAGGGCUCGGACCCAGGGCCGGGGCCGCGCUAACGCUGCGCUUUGCUCCCCGAAGAAGGACUUUGCUGAGCGAAUAACCCUCGGGGUGGGGGAAAGGAAAAGCCUAGAGAAACCACGUAAGGCAAACACGCCACAGUGUGAGCCACCGUCUCCGGGCAGUGGAAUGGCAGGGUGGAUGUGGCGGUGUUUUUCUCUUUCACACAUUUGUCCUUUUGGGUCUUCUGCGAUGACGGGUGCUCCCAUAGAGCCGGAAAUAAAAACGUGUGCUGAGGGGAAGACGCUGUUCCAGGGUC